CCCCCAGGUACUAAAAUAAAACUAGAAAUUUUAAAUUAUAAUUUAUUGGAUAGCGAUGAUUGUGAUUUGCAAAAAGUUGAAAUUUUUAAUGGAAAAACUGACGAAUAUCCAUUGGAGAAACGAAUAUGUGGUGAUUUCAAGUCAGUGAGUCCGAUUAUAUCGGAGGGAAAUUACUUGCUUAUACGGUAUGAGUACGCGGUUGUAGGCUUAAAAAUUGACACAUUGUCUUUUGAAGCAAGAUAUAGUCGGAUUUGUGAGGACAAAUUUUUCGGUCCUGAUGAUGGAAUUUUUAUGACACCCAAUUAUCCUAACCCCUAUUUUGAUCAUAUGACUUGUACAUAUGACAUUUAUGGUCCAUUGGGGAGUGUGAUCCAUAUUAAGUUUGCAGAUUUUCAAAUAUCUGAAAGUGUGCCAACGCUUCUGGAUGAAGAUGGCCACAAUGUGAAAUUGAAGCAACUUAACGACAGUGAUGUUGAUGAAAAUCUUAAUUUUGUUGAGGUUUAUCUAUCUAAGAUAAGUAAACGUCGAUUUUAUAAGAAUGCUACUCCAGAACCAUUGGUAUCCAGCCAAAAUCACUUGCGUAUUAUUUUCAAAACGGCAGAAAAUAGUCGUAGGGCGAGAGGAUUAAAAAUAGAAUAUUCUUUUGAAACUGUGCGUUGUGGUGGAAUUUUCACGGAAUCACGUAACAGUUACGAAAGCAACGAGAAGCUCAGUGACGUCUCUUAUUGUGAAUGGAUUAUUGAAGCACCAGAAAAUAAACACAUAUCUUUGACUCUAACCUACACACCACCACAAAAUGCCAAUAACUUCAGUCUUUCCUUGCAUUCAAAACUACCUGAUACCAAAGACGAAAAGCUUCUGGCUAGUUACUCUCAAAAUAUUUAUUUGAAUGAAGUGUUUCACACGAGUGUAUUGACAAUAAAGUCUGUUAAUGGCUUAACUAAUUCUUCUGACUACUUUCCGGCGUAUAUAUCUUUCAAUUAUACUUUAGUGGAUAGUGCGGAAAACUGUGGUGGAAAUUUCAGUACAAGGUUCGGUGUACUUACGUCACCUGGUUGGCCAAUGCCUUACGGUAAUGACUUGGAUUGUGUAUGGAUUAUAAUGGCGCCACUCGGUCACACAAUAGAACUUGUGCCUAAGGAAUUCGGUUUGGAGCAAGUUUCGACUGUAUGCGAUGAUGAUUUCUUAGAGAUAAGGAAUGGCAUGUUUAGUAAUUCUCCACUAAUUGGUCAAUAUUGUGGAGUGAAAAUACCAGACCGAAUACCAUCUUUUACAAAUGUGUUAUAUAUACGCUUUGUAUCGGAUUGGUAUAUUUCUGAUAAAGGGUUCAAUAUUGUUUGGCAGCAAACAAGUACUGGUUGCGGAGGCAAACUAGAUUCAUUCUCAGGUUCCAUACAUUCGCCACAUAAUGCGGAAAUAUCUGGUGAAGUGGUGUGUAGUUGGAGUAUAACCGUUUCACCCGGUUCCGUUAUAAAUCUUAAUCUCACUUCUAAUAAUCCAAGUGCCUUAUGUAGGCAAAAUAGUUUAACAAUUUAUGAUGGUCCCUUAACAAAUAGUCCCACACUCAAGCUAAACUGCACAAAUUUCGGAGAUGUGUUAACAUUGCAGUCAACAUCAAACAAAGUACAUGUACGUUAUAGUGCUGAUGGAGAUGGACUUAAAUUUGUACUGAAUUAUGUAACGAAUUGCAACGUAAUCAUUAAUAGUUUGCAGGGCAUCAUCGAAUCUCCUAAUUUUCCAGAAAAUUAUCCAUAUGACUUGAAAUGUGCUUGGGAGUUACGCGGAGGUC